AUGAAAGAGGAUCAUAAAAUACAGAAACAAAGUGAAGGUCUUUAUUAAUGGAUUGUUCUGGCAAGUUUUUGCUUGAAUUCAAUGUCGAAUAUAUUUUUGUUUACAGGAUUAUCACCAAUUUGGUCUCAAGUGGCCAUAUAUUAUGGUACUACUGACUAUGAUUUAAAUUGGUUUACAAACAUGUACUACAUUACUUUAAUGUCCUCUGCAUUUCUUUUCAAUCCUUUAAUAAUUAAAUAUUUUGGAAUCUCCUAACUCCUAAGCUGUUGUUUCACUUCAUUAGGACUAUGGCUUUUAUUGUACGUGAAAUAAGAUUAUUUAUUGGGACUUGUAAGUCUCGGAUUGAUUUCUUUAGGGGAAAGCCUCUAUUUCUAAGUCCCACUUCGUAAAACAUAUAAAAUAAUUAUAGAUUUAUCCAAACUAUGGUUCGCCCAUGAUCAACGAAUCAUAUCCACGUUUAUAGCACAAUAUUCAAGUAAUGUAGGAAUGUUGAUAAGUUAUACAAUUUCAUCAUUAUAUUUCCAGGAUAUUGUUGAUGAAAGUGAAUUUAACACUCGAUAUGAGAAUUUAAUAUUAUUUAAUGCAAUAUUCGCAACUAUAGCUUUGGUUUUUAACCUUUCGACUUUAAAAACCCCCUCAUAACACCAUGACAUAGUUGAAAUCAGACUCACCAUAUGGGAAUCCUUAUCAAAACUCGUAAUGUCCGAGGAAUCAGUGUUUGAUAUUUUAUCCAUUUCUUCAUUUAUAGGAUUGAGUUGGUGUUACACAAUGCUAUUGGGAACUCAAUAAUAUUAUUAGGGUUAAUCCUUUCUAGAAGUGACUUAAACUAGUAUCUACUUCUAAGUCGGUUAGAUAGUGGCUGGUACUUAUUGUACUUGGAAAUUGUAAAAGUAAUCAAAAGCAGGAAUCCAAUAGGAUUAUGAUAGUUACAUAAAAACCAUGAUUAGUUUAGGAUUUUGGUUACUUGUUUUCGAAAUUAUAUUGUUUGAGGAUAUUCCUUUCAUAAUUUUAGUUUUUAUAAACUUUUUCAUUGGUGCAGGUAUAGGUGGAAUAUAUUCAGUCCUAUUGGAAGCCUUAAUGGAGAAACAUUUUCCGGUGUAAGAGUUGGCAAUAGGAACUAUUUUCGCUGCAGUUGCUUCCGUAAUAUAUCAUAAUUAGAAGUAGGUUGUAUCAAUAACAAUAACUAUGACCUUAGUUAUUCCUAAAUUUCUUGAAUAUGGAUUUUAAAUCUCAUGUUAUCUAAUGAUCAUUCCUUUUUGUUACAUAGCUGUCUUCUAUAAAACUCAAUUCAAAAGAUUUGAGGCUGAAGCUUGA